CGGCUCUCCUUCUGUGCCGGCAGGUGAUGGGAGCAUGACUGAAAAUGAGGGGGAUCUCCAGCCAGAUGGGCCGGAGGCGGCCGAACCCCGCGGGGCCAUUUCAGACUUUUUCAUGAGGGAAGCUUCUUCUCCGGGCUGCGACCAGGAAUUGUCCCGUCCGAGGCCAGACCUUCUCCCUCCAGGGACAGGGCCGGAGAAGACCUCUCGCUGCGGCUUCCGAAAGCGUAAGGAGACGGUGGUGCACCAGCGAGCGUUCAUGGGAGAGAAGCCCUACAUCUGCAUCGAGUGCGGGCAGAGCUUCAACCGCAGCUCCGACCUGAUCCGCCACCAGAGGAUCCACACCGGGGAGAAGCCGUACAUGUGCGCUGACUGCGGCAAGAGCUUCAGCCGCCGCUCCCACCUCAUCCAGCACCAGCGCGUCCACACGGGUGAGCGGCCGUACCAAUGCAAGGACUGCGGGAAGAGCUUCAGCCAGAGCACCCACCUGGUGCAGCACCAGCGCAACCACACUGGCGAGAGGCCUUAUGUCUGUGCCAAGUGUGGCAGGAACUUCUACCAGAACUCGGGCCUGCUCCGCCACGCCAACUUUCACACGGGCGAGAAACCCUACAAGUGCCCCCAGUGCGGGAAGCGCUUCAGCGACAGCUCCAACCUCAUUGCCCACCAGCGGCUCCACACGGGCGAGAAGCCCUACAAGUGUGCUGACUGCAACAAGUGCUUCAGUGAGAGCUCUAAGCUGGUCAUCCACCGGCGCGUCCACACGGGCGAGAAGCCAUACUUGUGCCCUGACUGCGGGAAGAGUUUCAGCCAGCGCUCGCACCUUGUCCAGCACCGUCGCACUCACACUGGGGAGAAGCCCUACAAGUGUGCCGACUGCGGGACCUGCUUCAGUGACAACUCUACCCUCAUCCGUCAUCGUCGUACCCACACUGGGGAGAAACCUUUCAAGUGCUCACAUUGUGGGAAGAGCUUCAGUCGCAACUCCUACUUAGUCUCACACCAGCGGGUGCAUGUGUGGUAGGCAGCGUCGCUAGGUGUGACCUGGGGGUGGUCUAGGAUGCAGCUUCUGACCCCGGCCUGUCCAAAAUGUGCCUAAGGGACAAGGGGGUGGACAAGGGUGUGACUACACCAGAGCCCCUGGGUUAUAGGCAGCUGGCCAGAGUAAUUCCUGUGGCCCACGUUGCCCUUUUCAGUCACCUCCUCCGCCUGACACAUCUCGGGCAUGGACAGAAAGCGAGCAGUGGUUGCGGUGGGUAGUUCUGCAGCCCUGGCAUCCUCUUUCCCAGGUACUAGAAUCGGAUGCCAUCUGCCGUGUGGCCAAGGUGCGGAUGUUUUCUCCCACCUCCCCGUGAGAGAUGUCUGCCGGGGAGCCUGAUGAGAGAACGCACAAGGUCAGGUCACCUGAUGAGAGGCUGCUUGGUCAUGCAACAUAUGCACAUGUGGUCACGUCAGGGGAAAUAAGAUGGGAGAUGAGGUCCUUAAGGGCCUGUGUUCCACCUGCAGCUGAAAUGUUGUGACCGAUAUAAUAUUGCACAGUCUAUGGAAGCUCACCAUGCUUGUGGUCUAAGCCAGCUUUGUGUCUCAUACAGCGGUCAGGAAGGUCAAAGCUAAGUAAGUCCUGCUGAGAAGCUGGAGGCUCCGCAUUAUGCCGCCACAGUGUGCGGGCCAACUUGAAGCACAGGCAAAGACCGCUUGAGUCUGCUUGUAAAAGGAAUGUGUAGGCAUACCCUGAACCAGAGAGGGAAGGCAUGCCUGCAAAGGUUUUCUGCAAAUGCUGUGUGGAUGGUAGGAACAAGGGAGCUGCAGGAUAGGGGCACAGCCUGUUCUGGAAUCUCAGAACUGGAAUUUAAUUGCUUUGUGGGCAGCACAAACUGGCGAACCAAAUUCAGAAGACUGAGGUAUGGGCAUGUGCAAAAAGUCAAGAACCAGAAGGUUUACUUUCACAGCAGCUAGCUCACUGGCGUCUCUACCAGCUGUCUCCUCCCUCAGGAUCAUAGUGGGAGACUACUGGAAAAAAGCAGAAGAGUGUCCUCCUGAGCAUCACAGUUUCUUGGCCCCUGGCAGGACCAGAUUUG